CGACAUGCACAGCUUGCAGCAAAUCACACAGGAGCCUGCGUCACCAGCCUUGAUGUCACCACUGAGGGGACCCCAGCAGCUCUGGGCACCUGGCUGCUGUGAGGCAUAGAUCCAGCAGAUGUUAUUACACCAAGCCAUCUCCCUUCUCUUCCUGCUCAUCAGCAGCAUCCUGUGAAACCCAAGAGCCUGCUCUUGUAACCCUGCCUACAGCACCUGCCACUGCUCCCUGGCAUUGCCAAUGCUGCCUGCCUUCGACAUCCACAAGUGGCUUGUGCUGUGAGCCAGGAGCUGUGGGGAGACACUGCUUACAAGACGGAGGAGAGCAGCCAGGAACAAAGAGGAGGAAGUGGUGAGGAUGGCCAACAACUCCAGCGCAUUGCCCCGGGUGACUUUCCAGACUCCAGAGAAACCUGGGGAAGAAUCGUCACACAGAAAACUGGGCAAGUUAACCAUAAAGUACAACCGCAAAGACCUACAGCGUUGGCUAGACCUGGAGGAGUGGAUCAAUGCCCAGCUGCAGGAGCUGUAUCAGUACCCGCUAAGAGAGAAAACGGAUGCAGAAGUUCCUGGACCAGUAAUUGACCUUGAAGAUCUCCUGGAAGUCCCCAAUGAAGAACAGAAAUUGAAACUACAGGAAAUCCUCCAUGAGUGCUCCAGUCCAACAGAGGACUUCAUUACGGAAUUGCUCAGUCGAUUGAAAGGUCUCCGGAGAAUCACCAAUCCUCAGAAGAGGUUACCUCACCCAUAAGGGACAUCUAGCUUUGGUCACAAGGAAAAAUGCAUCUUUCCCAUAAAAAAAAAACAGAUCAGCAAGAUCACUUCAGAAUACAUUUAGGAUUUACUGUUAUUAAGGAACUUCACUGAGUUCGUGAAAUUUGUACCAGUGGCUUCAAGUCUCCACUCCUUCCAGAUCUACAUGCACAGCAGGAGGCUAAGCUGUAUGUUUUCCUGAUUCUCAAAGGGCAUUUUAACCUGGAGAAUGGGACAAGAUGUCCUUCCUUUCGUUUCUUCUAGGAAUUUCCAAGCUGGCUUGGGAGCAACAAAUACAGUUCUCAGAAGCACAUAAAAACUUCCUUCUUUCCAUCCACUGCAAGGAAAACAAGGAACUGGUUAUCACUCCUUCAUCACCAUGGAAAGUUGGUUACUGUGAAGCUGCACCUUGUUUCAAGUCUGGCUGGGACCCAACUGCAAUCUUUUGCCUGUUACUGCCAUACCUGUCUCUACAGCAUCGCUCAUACUUUAUAGAUCUUAUUAAGCCUCUGUUAGCCAUGAAGGUUCAACAGAAAAUAUACAGUAGGACCAAAGGAAAACAUCCAAGUGCAUCUGGUCAGUACUUAAGGGGAAGCUGACAAAAUGGCUGCUAAGGCUAGUGGAAGAGAGAUGUUUUUCCUCUUUGCAGAAUUUAGAACUUGAUGAUCUAGAAGCAUCUUCUACAGGAGCGAGGCCUGGGAAUGAUUUUUCUCACCAUUUAAAGAGACAUUGUAAAAUACUUAUUUUGUAUAUUAAAACAGAAAAUCAGCCAUGUGCUGCCUCAAAAUCGCUCUCUUUUUAUACACUACAGAAAACUGAACUGAAAACAUACCUGCUCCUAAGCAGCAAGUCCUUCACAGACAGAUAGGUCUCACAAAUUAGAAAUAAAGUAGGACACAGCCUUGCUGCACAAACUCUUCAGGCUAUAACUAAUGUGUGGCUGGAAAAAUACAGAGGAAACUACAUCCAGGCUCUCAGCAAGUGGGUAACUUGACACGUGUUGCAGGAAACUAAGACAUCAAAUGGAGGAUGACUACUUACGCAGAGCAGUCUCUCACAUUAUGUCCCUAUGCUGCCACCCAAACACCAGAGAUGAGUUGGUGAGUUGCAUCUGAAAGGACUUCUAUGUACCACCAUGUACUCAGGGGUGAAUGCCUUUAUGUUCGGCUUGAUAUGAGGCCAACAGGACAUGCUUUCCCUCCCGAAGUCUCCAAUUUGUAAGAAAAAUAACAAAAAUAUACAGUGCAGGUUUGCACCUGCUGUAAGUCUGGCAGUGCUCGUAGAUUCACACCUGCUGACACUGAUGAAUCACAGCUCUCAAGAACAGAGAGCAGCUUAGUGCCAAAGAGCUCUGAGCACCAUUAACAUCACAGACUAGAUUCAAACAGAAGUUCAGACGGAAGACCCUGGUGGACAGGCUCCUGAGCUGUGUCCUCACUAUAGCUGUCAUUUGCUGCAGUGUAAGUUCACAGAUGUCCAGAUUAGUUACAUAUUCCAUAAAGCAGCUUUUAUUCUUCUGAGCUGUGACAGCACGAAGACCUAUAGGGCCAUUUCUCCAACACAAGAGACAGAUUUUUCUCCACGCAGGGAGUUAAUUCUGUACCCACUCAAUUUGGAGUGAUGAAAAGACAAUUUUUUUGCUGUACUUUAAAGGUGUAGAACCGAGGGGAAAAAAAAGCUUUUGGAACUCUGCUUGAGA